GUGUGCUGCAGUAUCUACAGCCUGAGGUGUCUCUACACAGCCUGGCUGUACAGUGAGGUAAAGCCAGGGAUCUCACACGUUGAGAACACUCCAGUUCCUCCCUCUCUCCAUUCCUACACCUGAGACCAAUCUAGCCAAGGGCGAGGUCGCAUUCCGCGCUUGCGCUCUCUCCCUGCAGUCUGCUGACUUCUCGGAGCGCAGGGAAAAACAACAACAUUUCAGUCGGAGACUAUCCCCGGUGAUCCACGCUCCCUUCCCCCCCUCAACUCCAAUCUCCUUCGCGACUGUGAAAGAAAAACUCUCGGUUCCCACUUCCUCCCCCACCCCCCCACAUCAAGUAUCAAAAUGGUGCACGGUGGCAUGAAAUGCAUUAAGUACCUUUUGUUCGGCUUUAAUUUCCUCUUCUGGCUUGCAGGAACUGCGGUCCUGGCAAUUGGAUUAUGGCUACGUUUUGACCCACAAACAAAGGACAUUUUUGAAAUUGAAGAGAAUCCUUCAUCUUUCUAUAUAGGUGUCUAUAUCUUGAUUGGAGCUGGUGCACUGAUGAUGGUGGUUGGAUUCCUAGGAUGCUGUGGUGCAAUUCAGGAAUCUACUUGCAUGCUUGGAUUUUUCUUCUUGUUUCUCCUUGUCAUAUUUGCAGUUGAAAUAGCAGCUGGAAUUUGGGGCUUUCUGAAUAAGGACAAGGUCACUGAAGAUGUGACAAAUUUCUACAUGUCCUUGUAUACUGAAUAUGUGAAAAAUCGUGACAAGAGUAAGGAAGCAGCUUUAAAAGCAAUACAGGAAAGUCUGAAUUGCUGCGGAAUAGGUGGAACUUUUGAACCACUUAUUCGACCCACCUGCCCAAGUACAGACAUCGCAGGAGAGUUUUCAAGACAGUCAUGCCUAACUGCUAUUAAAGACGUAUUUGACAGGAAGGUUUACAUCAUUGGAGCAAUUGGGAUUGGCAUUGGAAUUGUAAUGAUUUUUGGCAUGAUCUUCAGUAUGGUGCUGUGCUGUGCCAUUCGCAACAGCAAAGAGAUGAUUUAAAGAGGAAGUUUGAAACAAUGAUGCCAUUCAGUAAUAAAAUGCAUUUUUGCCUGAUAUUUGCUUCUUGUUAACAGCUUAACUUUAGCAUUUAAUUAUUUUCCUUUUUUUGUAUUCAGUUUAAAAUCUAACUUUUUUAAAAUAAGACUCACAAUCUGUUUAAUGUAUCCACAUUGUUCAAUAUUUUGUUUGACAAGUGAAGUAUCAGUGUGUACUUGGAAAUGAGGUUUUCUUUAAGGUUAUCAUAAAUUUAAAACUAUAUAUUUGUCUUAUCUGUUUAAAUUGGAAAUGUUUAUUCUAGAAGGAUGGCAGACCUUGGAUUCAGAAUUUAAGAUGUUAACUUAGUUAAACUAAAGAGGUAUUACAAAAUUAGAUGUUUUCCCAAUUGUGAUGCAUCAAAUGAACACAUGCUAUUGUGGAAUCUUCACCUUCUCAAUAAAUCCUUUAAAGUAUUUUGAUUAUUGUUUUAAAGUCACAAACUGUAGAUACCGGAUUUGCCUUUUUUCUUUGAGAAAUAAAGUUUAAAUUUGAACCUCCA